AUGCCUCAAUCUCCGACAACAUCUGCGGCUUCCGACUGGCGACGCGGAGCCCCGGGGAUCAACAAUCUUCUGAAACACGUUCUGGCCACGGGACAGAUGACCGAUGUGCAGUUCACCGUCGGACGCCAGCAUGGAGCCGCGAAAAUAUUUCAGGCUCACAAGUUCAUCCUCUGUCUGAAUAGCGACGUGUUUGACGCCAUGUUCAAUGGAGGAUUGCCGGAGAGUCGAGAAGAGCCGAUUGAUGUCAUGGAGGUUCUGCCAGAAGCAUUUUCCAUCAUGCUCGGAUUCAUGUACACUGGUUCAGCACGAGGUAGUCUGCGGGUGGAGAACGUUUUCCAGGUUAUCUACUGCGCCGACAAGUACAAUCUGCCGUUCCUCAUGGAAAAAUGCCUGGAAUUCGUCCGCAGCCAUUUGAACGCCGACAACUGCUUGGUGUAUCUCGAAAAUGUGAAACCAUUCAAACAUGACAGCGUUGCGGCCUGCGUGGAAAAGUGUUUGGCAGUGGUGGAUGCGUCGACUGACGCUAUUUUUCAUUCGAAGCAGUUCAUGGCGAUUAGUCAAGAUACACUGGGGUUGGUGCUGCAGCGAAAUGCUUUGUCGGCGGAUGAGAACAGCAUCUACACGGCCGUGGAAGAGUGGUCUGUGGAGGCAUGCCGCAAGAACAACCUCAAACCGUCCAGCGGCAAUCGGCGUCAGAUGCUGGGCGCAGUCUUGUCGCUUAUCCGUUUUCCAUUGCUCACCGAUUCUCAGCUGGUCAACGGUCCUGACAAGAGUGAACUACUUACGGAAAUCGAACUACUUGCUAUCUACAAGUACAAGCACGCCAAUGUUAAACCGCCGCUCGGCUUUCCGGUUGAACCGCGGAUGUGUACCGGUUUUAUCGAUUUUCAGUGCAAGGAGCUGGUGUUUGUUCGGGCCGGGAAUACAGGCUGGCUGCCCGGAGAGAUUAGUGACAGAAACGGAAAUGGUAUUACCGUCAACAUCCAGGCCAAAUCGGUGACCGUAUAUGCUCCGGAUCAGAUCGUGCGAGCGUCCGAUAUCUUGAAAAAGCAUCAAAUGAUUAUUGCUUGGCGGAAUUGCUGCUUUAAUUCAGCGGAGUACUGCGGUUUAGCGGCUGCAAGCGGUCGGCACAUUGUCCACGUCGCAGACGGAAACGUUGAGGUCGACUUCAUGGAUCUCGUGAUUAGUCGCAAUCAAAUGACGCUCUGGAAAGUAGCGAAAUCCGGAGGUUUAGGCGGGUAUGUUUAA